AUGCUGCUCCAAACCCAUAGCCUCGCCGGACCUUAUCCUCACCAGCCAUGCGAGGAGGCAAUGUUACAGGUAGAGCGCAUCAACCAGUGGGCAUUUGUGGGCGAGAUGUGCAUACACGGGAGUCUAAGCGGAGUUGAUAACACAGUUUCUUCACGUGGAGCAGCGGUGGUUUUUAAAAAGAAUGAAGAAGGCCCUGCUUCCGUUACUCCUCUUACUGGGUUUCCGAAGCUGCCGCUUCUUGUUGACACACAACAAUCGCGCUCAACAUCUGUACAGCUUCAAAAGGUCAUUACCAUGAGAGAUCACCAUCCAAGACUUACAGAAAUUCUGCUUGAUGGUAUUGGUCAAAUUAGUGCUGCGGCCCUGGAGAUUAUUUCUCCUCCAUACCCCACUGAUCACUACCAAGCUGAAGUCAUCAGGGCAUUGGGACCCUUAAUCCGGGUGAACCAUGGGCUGCUUGUCUCACUUGGGGUCUCCCAUCCUCGCAUUGAGCGUGUGUGCCAGCUUGUGGAUCACGCCCAAAUUGGCUGGACGAAGCUCACAGGUGCAGGGGAUGGUGGGUGUGCUAUAGCACUGUUCCAACCCGAGGCUCCGAGGGAGGAAUUUGAGGAUCUGGUCCAAACGCUUGCUACCGAAGCAUUAAAAACCAAUGAAAUCGCUCUUGGCGCCGAUGGUGUCGGUGUUCUCUGGCCAGCUAUGUUUUAUACUAAUGGAGUGACCGGAAGGAAGUUUCAAGACAUUGACCUCGAAAGAUUCGAAAAUGCUGUUGAUGCCCAAGAAAUCGAGCAAUUGGUCGGUGUGAAGGCGACAGAAUGUAGGGAAGGUUGGAGUUUUUGGAGGCACACGCUAGAUUAG